GACUGAUUAAUAAUAAUUUUGUACCCGUUCAAUAUAUUUAAGCAUAUUCUGUUUAUUUCCACGCAACAGAAUCACACUUAUUUACAGUAGGUUAAUCCCUAAAGUGCAUUGUGGAUUGAUUUUAAGCGCCUCUGCUGGCCAAUUCAGGUAGGUAGCUAGCUUAGUUGGCUAACUUGCCUGUCGGAUAGCGUGCUUUAGGCGAUGUAAUUCAAAGCAGAUCUCCCUGGGAGCUGGGAGAACUACACCGUUUAGUUGCGCGUCUCACAGUCUCUAGCCAUUUAUGAGUCUCAAAAUAAGGAUUUAUUACCGGAGAAAACAUGCGAACUCCGUGCUCAAAUAGCAAUGGCAAACCUGCAGUGGAAUUGUACAGCAUCAGAGAAUAAACUCCAACCAAGCUCUUCUGCGACGAGAAACUAAUUCCGCCUGUUGAUAACAGCUACUGAGCUAGCUAACUUGUUAGCUUGCUUGCUACAAAAUAUUUUUGAAAGUGAGAUCACUUCGUUUAAGGAUGAAGAAUUUCAUCAUUGCCUGCUAUAUGAAACAUUUACUAAAACUAAGUGGCCGUAUCUUAACUGCCAUUCUGGGAUGAAUCUGAACCUGUUGGCUUUUUUUAUAGCUUGUUAAAUUACUUCACCGUGUAGCCUAGUGAACGAUUAAAUGGAAAAAUAAAUAGCUAACGUUAGCUAGUUAACGUGACUUGGCAUACGUUACUUGUCUACCUUUCAAUGCUGUUGAAUUUACAGCUAGCAAGCAACAGUAAGAAAACGAAGAGCAGCUUAAACUAACCGGCUGAGUGAAAAGAGUCCUCAGAAUUUGGUAAUUAACAAGCAUGCUAGCUAGGUUUACUUGAAUGCGGGUCCUAAACGACUGUGGCAGUUUGAAAGCUUCAAGUUUAUUUACUCUUGCAUGUCGGCAAUAUGCUGCGUUUAAUUCUCUGUGAUUAACAGCAUUAGCUAUGCGUGUGGAGGUGUUUUAUAACAAAGGCAACAACUGCUAGUUAGCGAGCUCUGUAUGUUAUUUCCCCCGAGAGAAUAAAGAAAGUUGAGAGUGGGAUCUGCAUUCAGUUUUUCUAUAUAUAGUUUUACUUCCAUUGUUCCACAAAUGACACCUGCUUUUCGCAAGGUUUAAAGUGGCUUUAACAUCAUGGAUGCCGCUGGUCAUAGUACCGACCUCAGAUACACGGGGAAAGAUUGCAGACCUGCGCAUGGAAUCCUUCACGAAGGAGUGGAAGUAUUAGGAACUUUGGAACGGAGGGUCGGAGACAGCGAAGGAUGGAGACUGGUGGAUGUUCUCCUCACUGGAGGAGCGCCAUGGGGUUUUACUCUCAGAGGAGGUCGGGAGCACCACGAACCGCUCCUCAUUACCAAGGUGGAGGAGGGCAGCAAGGCUGCAGCCGUCAGGCUCCAGGUUGGAGACGAGAUCAUCAAUAUCAAUGAAGUCCCCCUGAGCGGCUACCGACAGGAGGCCAUCUGCCUGGUGAAGGGCUCCCACAAGACCCUUACGCUGGUGGUGCGGAGGAGAAAUGAACCCGUGAGCCGACCACACUCCUGGCAUUCCACCAAGUUCACAGAGGGCCAAUCGGACAACGGCAAAACGCAGUUGACGCCCACACCAAUCUGGCACAGCAGAUACGAUGCAAGUUCAUCUUCCUCCGACCUGUCAGGCUGCUGGGAGCCUGCGAAUUUGCGGCGAGUUUCAGACCAGUUCAGCUCUCUGGGGAGUAUGGACAGCCUAGAGCACUCUCCACACUCCUACCCUCCAGGACGCCUCUCCCCAGCCAAGUCCAACAACAGUGUGGAGCACCUGGGCGGGGGAGGGGGAGGAGGUAGCAAACGUGAUUCAGCCUACAGCUCCUUCUCCACAGCCUCCAGCACCCCAGACUACACCCUGUCCCAGAGCAACGCCGCCUCCACUGAAAACAUGCUGUGCAAGGUAGGCCAGUGGGACUCUGGGGGACGCCAUAGCAAUGGGAGGCACAGCCAGAGCCUGUGCGAGGGGGAUCGUCCGGGAUACCUGCAGCUCCCCCCGAGCGGAGGCGGCAGGGAGAGCCCCAGGGCUGGGGUCGACCAGCCAGGAUCCAGGCACUCAUGCUCCUCCUCCUCAUCGGGCCGCCCCAGCGCCGGCCCUGUCUGGCACGUCCCGGAGAAGAAGAAAGCUGCCGCCCCCUCCCCGCCACCACCCCUCCCUCCGGUGCGUAGCGACAGUUUUGCCGUUACCAAGGUCCAUGAGAAGGGGCUGGUCAUCCCCUAUGCUGAGGAGCCUGGACCUCGUCCACAACCCAAACCCCAGUCCCAGGGACCCGAAAACUUCCCGAGAACCCACCACCAUGUCGUUGAGAGGGGCCCCGACGUCCGCCUCAUGUACAGUGCACUCCACAAGGCUGAUGGGCUCCACCCCUACAUGCCGGCUGACAGCUACAACAAUAACGGCCAGUUUGCGAGCUCCAACAAGCUGUACUCUCUGUCCAGCACUGACGUGCGUUCCGGCCAGGCCCCCUAUGCCUACGUGCCCCACCGACACCAGCGGCAGUACAGUGACGAGAGCACGUUCUACAUGGGACCCCGCCUCGCGACUGUCCCCAGGCCACAAGCCCCUGCCGGUGGGUACUACAGCAGCAUGCAGGAGCUGCCAACCAACAGCCACAACCAGGGCCGGACCUCCAGCACUUCUCUUUCUGGUGCCACUGUUGACCCGAACACAGAUGGGCACAGCCGGUACUACUGCCUGAUGGCCCGCCAGCCCCCGGGACCUAUCACGCAGGCCGCCCUGGUUAAGGUGGAGGGGUGGAAGGAAGGCCCACAAAGCAAAGAACCCACUGCCUGUGCCGCAGCAGGCCUGCGAGGGUGGGAAGGACAGCAACGGCACCACCAGGAGAGAGGAGGCUCCGCACCUUGA